GGUGGUGUGGUCCCUGAUACUGAUACUAGGGAGUUGGUUCCACUUAGACCAGUAUCAGCUGUAUCAACGGAAGGGGAUGUCGUAGGUAGUUUUAAUCACGGAACCGGGCAUCCCAUGAAGCCCUUAAGGGUAAGGAUGACUCAUAAUCUAGUAACGAAAUAUGGAUUAUGCAAGAAGAUGGAAAUUUUUAGACCGAAACCAAGUACGAUCGAAGAAUUGACCCAAUUUCACACCGACGAUUAUAUUAAUUUCUUAGGCAGAGUGACUGCCGACAAUAUGGAUACGUGUAUAAAAGAUUGCAUAAGAUUUAACGUUGGAGAUGAUUGUCCAGCAUUCGAUGGACUACUGGAGUAUUGUCAAAGAGCGACGGGCGGUUCUCUUGAGGGUGCGGCAAGGUUAAAUCAUGGGUUAUGUGAUAUAGCCGUCAAUUGGGCAGGAGGUUUGCAUCACGCCAAAAAGCAAGAGGCUAGUGGGUUUUGUUACGUCAAUGAUAUCGUCGUCGCAAUAUUGGAAUUAUUAAGAUUCCAUUCGCGUGUUCUCUACAUCGACAUCGAUAUUCACCACGGAGAUGGGGUCGAAGAAGCUUUCUAUACCACUGACCGCGUGAUGACUUUGAGCUUUCACAAUUUCGGUGAAUAUUUUCCGGGGACGGGAGAUAUUAAUGACGUCGGUUACGGAAAAGGUAAAUACUACGCCGUAAAUUUUCCCUUAAGAAAAGGUAUAGACGACGAGACGUACAAAAGUGUAUUCGAACCGGUGGUGACUCGUGUGGUUGAAUGGUAUCAACCUUCUGUAAUCGUUCUCCAGUGUGGUGCUGAUUCACUAAGCGGAGAUCGUCUAGGGUGUUUUAAUUUAUCAUCUAGGGGUCAUGCACAUUGCAUACGAUUUGUCAAAAAAUUUAAUAUUCCAAUGUUGGUUUUGGGAGGUGGAGGGUAUACCGUAAGUAAUGUUUCCAGGGCUUGGGCAUAUGAAACGGGUGUUAUAGUUGGACAAGAGGUUGGUCCAGAAUUGCCGCAUUGUACUGAAUUGGAUGGUCGAGAUUACUUUGGAACUAGUAAUUUGCUAGAUGUCCUACCAAGUAAUAUGGAAAAUAAAAACACUAAGGAAUAUCUGGAAAAGACCAUGUUAAAGAUAUUUCAAAAUUUAGAGAGAUCAAGGCACACUCCCAGCGUUCAGAUGCAAGAUAUACCCAGAAUGAGAUAUUCAUUUGAGGAUCAGGACCAGGACGAGGAAAAUGAUGACCCUGACGAACGGAUUUCAUCACGGAUAAGGGACAAAAAUAUUGUACCAGAUAACGAAUACGAGGACUCUGAUGAAGAUGAAGAAUGUACAUACAAAAUACCAAUACCGCCCGAGUGCGGUCCUUCCAGAUAUGUGCGCUCAUAUCGUUAUAAACUGAAUGAGGGUAGAAAAAAAACACCAGUUUUGAACAACUCUGAAUCGAAUGGUAAAUACCAUGGUACAUCUUUUUCCGAACGCAUCGAUGAAAAUGGACUUUUUUCGACGGAAUCAUCAUCGUUGGAUGAUGCGAUUAUGUCCGAUGCUCAAACAUCUUCUUCUGAUAGUUUGUUAGCAUCCUAUUCGGUUCACGAUAAUGAAUAUAUCCAAUACAAAAAUGAAAACUUAGAUGGUCAUUAUGUGCAAUCAGAUCCCAAUGGCUGGUCAACCACAUAG